AUGUGGUUGUGCUUAUUCGUAAUACUUGUGGAACUCGUCUCACCCACUCUCUUAGAACGGACUCCAACGUAUCUGGAUUUCAUUGCUAUUUACGCUGAUGAUGCCGUUGUUCCGUGCGUCUUCAAAGUGAUUAACGAAAUAAUAUUAGUACAGCCAGUCAGAUUCACAGCCACACCACUUCUUUGGAUUAUCGUCGUGACCGCAUUCACCUAUUCCAGACAUCGCUACCGUAUGAUAAAAGCGGAGACAUCACAGUAUCAACGGAUAUUUUUCGUAGAAGAAUGGUUUGAGAAACAGCGUGUGGAGGAAAAAGAACGAGGUGUUCAUGCUAUUGAUGCAACACUGCGGGACCCUACAUUUCGUUAUGAUGACGUUAAAGUAACAAAAGCUGAAUUUCGAGCACUACGUCGAAGGAUUGAAAUUCUUCCCCAUCAUCGUUACAAUGGUUUUUCUCCGCUAAUCUACAUACCAUAUAGUUUCCAUAUAAUUAUAGCAACGAUAUCGUUUCUUAUUUGUAUUGUAACAUCGUUGACCGUAAUACAUCAUGCAGUUCUUCGAGAAAUCCAUCUUGGAGCUGCAGUUCCCAACAUUUGCACUAUCGCCUUCACCAUAAAAAAAGCAAGUGUGGAGAGCGGUGUUCUUCCUGCUACGAACGAUGAACCACGCUUGUGCAAUUUCGGGAAACCAUUCACAGUUGAACGUCUUGACGAAAGAAAAGAAGAAAUCAUAAAUUUUGUGUCUCGUGCAUAUCUCUCUAGUACUAAUAAUGCAGUUACAAGGAUCACCUCUAUGUUACUUGUAUUGUCCCUAUUUUCCUGUAUGUUUCACAUGUGGAUUGUAGCGUUUGUAAAAUCAACUUUUCGAAGAACCUCCUGCGUUAUCAGUAUUCCUCAUCCUACAUGUUUCCUGGCCACGGAACGACAUACACAACUAGUCACUUUCAUGCUACCCCUUGCUAUUUUCAUCUGUAUCCUCGUCGAAAACGCCAUCAAUUACAAUGAGACCAGAUGUACGUAA